AUGAAUCGACUUUUGAUUUCAACACGAUAUGCUCAAAAAAGAUUUUUGUCCUCGGAACGUAUAUUAUUGACACCGAAAGAUGUUGAAAUUAUCAGAAAUCCCGAUAAUUCGCUAAUCAGCUCAUUUUUGAAAACGGUUAGUUUUUCCUUUUUUUUGGGCGGUCCCAAGUAUUCUGUAAAUAUCGUGUUUGAUGCUGAACUGUUUUGUUGUUUCAGGCAGGAUUCACAAAUUCAGAAUCCAAAUACAAUGACAUCAAACUGCUCAAAGAAACGAUGGGCGAAAAUUACAAUUUGUAUUUUCUUUGUCUCAAAGAUUCGGAAGAAGUUGUCUCGGCGUGUCAAGAAAUCACUUAUAAAUCACUCGAUUCUCAUUCCUCUUCUUUUCAAUCAUGGGGAAUUUCUUGGAAUAUGCAAAAAUAUCAAGGAAAUGGAAUGUUGAGUUAUUUGAUGCAAACAAUGGCGGAUGAUUUGAAAGCAUUUAAAAUUAAUGCGGGUGGAUGUGUUCGUAAGUUUCCCGUACUUAAUUGAUUAUCUAAUUUGUAUUUCACCAAAUAUUACAGUUCCGGCAAUGACAGCUGUUUGGCGCCAACAAUUACAAUCUCGAAUCAGAGGUCCAGUUUUCUAUGUGUCGAAUUAUAAAGUGAAAGAUUUGGUGAAUCCACAAACUGAUUAUCCUGAUGUCACUGUGAAAGAUAUAAAUGAGAAGGAUCUUGUUGAAUAUGAUCAAAGUGUUUUCCCAUAUGAAAGAUCAAAAUAUAUUUUGGAGAAAUUCAAGAAUGGCGUCGGGAAAAUCGCAUAUGACAAAAAUGGAAAAGUGUCGGGAAUGGGACUUGUGACAAUUCACUCAUCUGGAGAUUGUGUAAUUGGGCCAAUGUAUGCAAACGAUAAGAUCACCGCUCAGGCAAUAUUCCAGAAUAUUUUGAGCCAAAUGCCAAUCAAAGAUCUCAAAAAUAUUCAAAUUCGUUGCAAUGACAGCUUCCAAGAUUCCACGAAGUAAGUUGGAAAACCUAUCUAGGGAACAUUUUCGGAAUUGGUUUCUUAUUUGAAAAUAAUGGAAUUAUUGUAGCUGGAUCAAUCCAUUCCUUCGCCAAAGACAUGAAAUGGUUCAACAUUCAAUUGUCAAAUUCAAUCGUGUUAUUCCGGAAGGAUUGGAUUAUUCGAAAGUUUUUGUCAACUCGAAUCCAACAAAUGCGCCGAUUUGA